UUCCACCAAAACAGUAUAAAAACAAACUGGGAGGUCCUGGAGUGGAAUAUAAAAGUAUUAGAAAUUAAGAUGAUAUAAUUUCGAAUAGGGUAGGUUUGUCUGUUUUGCUUACCAGAACUAAUAAACCUUAAAUGUUGUUCACCUGGUCAACUGCUCUACCAAUUCCACCACCCAUAUCAUAAUCUUCAUUUCUGGUUUGAUCAGAUGGGUUCUUCAGGUAAGCCCUUGUCUGUCAGUGACAAUUCCGGUGAUGGCUUUUGGCAGGAUCUGUCAAUGUUGUCUUCAUCGGUAAUAGCCAGCAAUUGUGAUAUCUUGGAGCAGAUUCUAAUAUUUUUGCCAGUGAAAACACUGCUUAAAUUGAAAUUGGUUUCGCAACAAUGGUUCCGUCUCAUCUCUGAUCCAAUUUUCAUUCAAAAUCAUUUCCUUCCAAACUAUCCUUCAGUUCCCCCAAUUUUCUUACAAAAAUUAUCCUUCGUUGUCAACCCAGAAUUUGAAUUCAUCUUCCUUGACAAAAACCUCAGCGGAUCAUCCACUGUGCCAUUUCAAACCUUAACUUUUGUAAAUGAUCCUGCAGGUAUAAAGAUUGAACAAUCUUGCAAUGGUCUACUAAUUUGCAGUAGCUUCAGAAUGAACGGUAUUGGGCGCACUUAUUAUGUCUACAAUCCAUCAACAAGGCGUAGCAAGAGUAUUAGCGGGUCAUCUCAAGUUGUAGGAGAUGAGUUUCAUUCUAUCUGUAACGUUAGUUUAGCGUUCAAUCCUCUCAAAUCACCUCACUAUGAAGUUGUUCGUAUUUGGGGAAGUGACUCAAAUAAAUAUCAAACGGAAAUCUACUCGUCUAAAACAGGAUCUUGGAGGGCUCCUGGAGUUAUAUUCUGUGCACCCAAUGAUGCAUUUGGUAGGUCUGGUGUAUAUUGGAAUGGUUGCUUGCACUGGAUCAGUUUGAGAGAAUCAUCUCUUUAUUACGAUAUCAAUCAAGAAAUGUUCAAAACAUUGCCAAUGCCACCGAUUCCAAAUGGGCGGGAUAGGAGGAGGAUUGAAUACUUCGGAGAGUACAAAGGUCAUAUGCAUCUCAUUGAGAUGUAUGGUCCAUUCAGUACAAGUUUCGAUAUUUUGCAUAUGGAAACUGAUUAUUCAGGAUGGAAUGUAAAAUACCGCGUUAAUUUGGAAGGACUGGCAACUGCAUAUCCGGGAAUGGUUAGGGACAUUGUUGAUGUUUCAGAGUACUUUUAUCUUCUUGAUUUCUCCAUAUUGCUGGUAGCUGAAAAUGAAGAAGAGAAAGAGGAGCCCUUGUCACCGUCGCUAGUUAUAGUUGUACCGGAUAAUAAAGUUAUUUCUUACAAUCUCAGGGAAAUGAGUUUCAAGAAUAUUCACACAUUAUCACCAGGCAUUCAUGCACGUUACCGGUGGUUUGACGCUUACCGACACAUUGAAACACUAGCUCAUGUUUGAUUGAUUAUAAGCAGGUUCGCUUCUUGCCUCCUCUUGUGCAUCUACUGUUUGUUGUGAAAAGUUUACCGGUCUUCCUUUUAACA